CCCUUCGUUUUCUUCCUGUCUGUCAUCUACCUAGAGACCCACUUAAUGGACCUGCCACCUCCGGUGUCCAUUUCCACCGCCGCCGCCGCUGCCGCUGCCGCCGCGGCGGAUUCUGUCCCGCCGAUACCCUGUGCUAAACUGCGUCUGAUGUGCAGCCAUGGCGGUCAAAUAGUUCCCCGCCCCCACGACAAGGCCCUCAGUUACGCGGGCGGAGACACCCGCAUCGUUGCAGUGGAUCGCCGUGGCGCCACCCUAUCCUCCCUCACCUCCCAUCUCGCCGCCACACUCCUUCUCAACCGUCCCUUCAUUCUGAAGUACCAGCUCCCCGGUCACGACCUCGAUUCGCUCGUCUCCGUCGCCACCGAUGAAGACUUCGAAAACAUGCUGGACGAGUACGAUCGCAUCGCCAACUCGCCGACGGCAUCUCGCCUCCGCCUCUUCCUAUUUUCCGCAAAACCCACCUCGGCGGAGUCAAUUCUCGGCAACUCCGAGUCGGAAACUUGGUUCUUAGACGCGCUUAGAAAUACAAAUAUUGUUCCCAAGGGGCGAUACGCAGAUCGGGAUCCUUCGAAUUCUCUGUUUGGCGUUGAUGCUGUUGGUAAUUUAGAUUCGAAUGUGGAUGUGGAAGCUCAGAACGAGGGUUCAGGUCAUGGCGGUGGUGAUGGUGGACAUGGUGUGGGUUCGGGUUCAGUCGCUGAAUCGUUAGUCUUGGAGACCAAUUCGUCUUUUGGGUCGACGUCAUCUUCGGUUUCGAUGUCUAAUUUGCCCCCUAUUAGGGCUCAUGUCGAUGAUGCUGGGGUUGGCUUCGAUAAGAAGGUUAAAUUGCCUACAUCAGAUCCAAUUGAAAGUGAUAUGGAUGUUGCGAAUGCCGUUAUUCAUCCUCAGUUUGGAAACUAUCAAGAGACUAUUGACAGCAGGGUUUUUUCAAACCCUGUUGAAUUGGAGGCCAACAGCUCUUAUCUCUCCCCUGGGAUCCAUGUGCAGAAACCAGUUCAGGUCUCCAGCUAUACAAUGGCCACACAAUUGAAUCAGCAACAACUGCCACAAGAAUUACAAUAUGUUCCUGCUGGUGCUCAUUACAUCUCUCACUAUCAUACUGGCUCACUGCCAGUCUCUUCUUACCAUCAAAUGUAUCAUCCACAGCUGCAGCAGCUGCCGCAUCACCAGUUCCCUUAUCAGCCCAAUCAGCCCCACCCAGUUUACUUACUGCCUGUCGGGCAUACACCAGCUUACAAUUUACCCAUGCAUGGUAAUUUGGUCGCAGGUGUGUCAACAGCUUCUACUCAACUCCCUGGGCAUCCAAACACUUCCAUGGUCCCUCCACCAAGCACUUCUAUGGUCCCUCCUGCAGUAGCCUUCAAUGAAGUCGCAACAGCUUCCCCCAUGCCUGUUUUAUCAUCCAAAGUUCGUAGGACAGCCCCAGAUGGAAACCCCCUUAGUCAUGUGCCCCCAGACCAAAAUAAGCAAUUUAUGAUUUCUCCUCAGAUGCAUCACCAAUCUCAGUCAAUAGCUACUGUUCCUAUGGAAGCUGCUGCUACUUACAAUGAUGAAUUUAGUGACGAUCCUGCACUUGCUCAAAUAUACAAAACUCAGCCUUUGGCGCCCAUGUUGACUUCUCAACAUCAAACCAUGACUAAGGCCACGGCAGAAUUGUUCUCGGAGACUCUCACACAGCUGCACACAGACAAUAUUAAGCCACAAAUUAGAACUUCCCAGCCCCAAUGAAUCAGUGCCCUGAGAAAUAAUUUUGUUAAAUUAACUUGCGAGCUUUCUUUUUCAUGCCUUUUUGGCAUUGGUUCAUGUUGCCUUUCUGUGAUAGGAUUAAACUGUUUGAUUUUAUUUUACCAUUCCCCGUCUUUUGCUGUAAUGUUCACUCAAUGUUAUAUAAGUAUUUUUGAGAUUCUGUA